GCUUUUCUUGAUUGAAUAUCCCACUCAGAACUACUCCACAGCUCUGAUGACACAGAUUCUAAUCCAGCAGUAACAGCAGACAUUCAGAACCUUGCACUACUACACUCCGCCCGCCGCAUCGCGACAUCACACCUCCCAAUGAACGUCCUCGUCUACGCCGGCCCCGGCACCACCAUCGAGUCCGUCGCUCAAUGCACCUCCGCCCUACGCGCCCUCCUCUCGCCGCACUACGCCGUCUCCACAAUUGACGCCCCCGCACUCAUCUCCGACCCCUGGCCAAGCUCAACCUCCCUCCUCGCCUUCCCCGGCGGCGCAGACCUGCCCUACUGCCGCGCGCUCGACGGAGCCGGCACCGCAAAGAUCUCGACCUACGUCCGUCGCGGAGGCGCCUUCAUCGGCUUCUGCGCGGGAGGAUAUUUCGGUUCCGCACGCGUCGAGUUCGAGCAGGAUAACCCGCUCUACGCGGUCGUCGGCCCGCGCCAGCUCAAAUUCUUCCCGGGCACAGAUCGCGGGACCGCGUUUCCGGGGUUCGUGUAUGAUUCCGAAUCCGGCGCGCGCGCGGCAAAGAUCGAGGUUGAGAAGGAGGCCCUGCCGGAGCUGGCGACCGACGACGAGAAUAGUAGCAAUGACCCCACGCAGGACAAAGACGGCCGGUUUCUGUUUUCAUGCUACUACAACGGCGGCGGCGUGUUUGUCGACGCAGACAGUAUCGCUGCGAAAAACAAGAACGUGACGGUUCUUGCACGAUACCGUGAGCCUCUGCAGGUUGAAGGGGGCGACGCGGCGAUCGUGCACGUCAAGGUUGGCGAAGGGUCUGUUAUCCUUACCGGUCCGCACCCGGAGUUUUCGCCCAAGCGGCUGCGGAAAUCGGAUUCGACGCUGCCACCGUUCUACGGCGAUCUCGUGCAGCGGCUGCUGGCGGACGAUCACAAGCGGGUUGAGGUUUUGAAAGCGAUGUUGUUGAAACUGGGGAUGAAGGUCGAUAAGGGACUGAGUCAGGACUCGCCUCCGUUUCCUACGACGUUGUAUGUGACGUCGGCGUAUAAAGAGGACGUUGACAAGCUGUGGAGCUCUUUGAAGGCGGCGGAAGGGCUGCUGCAGGUUGCGGCCACACAUAGCGACUCAAAAGAGGAUGUUCAGUACAAGCACGUUGGCGAGAACGAUACUUUCCUCUUCUCGGACGCGUCCGAUUCGAUUUUCGACAUGACCUCUGUCGCCAAAGAACUUCCAACCACCACCCCCGACGAGACCAAAGACGACGGCAGCCCUCAGGAAAUCGACCUCAACAAAAUCGUCAAGAAAAGCGUAAUCUACACGCACUCGGACAAACUAGACCGCUUCCACCCCGCGCUCAACCAGACCCCCUACUUUGACCACGCGCUCUACUACAAAGAACUCCUACCCCCGGGCUCCAGCCGACAGACGUUCGGCGCGAUAGUGCAGUACGCCGAAGUCGUGACCUCGACCUCGACCAUGCUCGAUCGCAACAUCUCGCUCCUGCGACACAUGCCCACCGGCUUCACAAACGUGGGCUCGAUCCAAGUCGCUGGCCGCGGCCGUGGCGGAAACGUAUGGGUCUCGCCUAUCGGCCUGCUCGCGUUCUCGAUCGUGAUCCGCCAUCCGGUCGCAGUGCAGUCCGUCGCACCGCUAGUGUUUAUCCAGUACAUCGCCUCGCUCGCCAUCGUCGAGGCGAUCCGCACCUACGGCCCCGGGUGCGAGGAGUUAGACGUGCGGCUGAAGUGGCCGAACGACAUCUACGCGCGCAACCCGGCGUACAACGAAGCGGUCUCGCGCGGCGAAACGGACUUGCCGGCGGAGUACGUGAAGCUUGCGGGUGUGCUGGUGAACAGCAACUACGUGGACAACGAGUACCUGCUCGUCGUCGGGUGCGGGAUCAACACUGCGAACGAGGCGCCGUCGACGUCGCUGAACUUGCUUGUCGCGGCGCUGAACGAGAAACGGCGAAGGUCGGCGACGCAGGCGAUCAGGCCGUUUAAAGUCGAGGUCCUCUGUGCGCGCAUCAUGAGGUUCUUUGAGCAAAUGUACACGACUUUCAAAACCCACGGCUUUGCGCCGUUCGAACAGCUCUACUACUCGCGCUGGCUGCACAACAACGCCGUCGUCAGGCUCGACAUGUACGGCGGCACAAAGGCGGUGAUUAAAGGCAUCUCGCUCGACUACGGAAUGCUCAGGGUCGAGGAACUCGGCUUUGACGGACGCCCGACGGGGAGAAAGUACACGCUGCAGCCGGAUGGGAACUCGUUUGAUAUGCUACAAGGGCUGCUGAAGAAGAAGGAGUAGUCACGUGAUUACGCUUUUGAUAGUUCAGAUGUAAACAAGAUUGAAUCAACUACAAACAUAGACCU